AUGGCUCUAGAGGACGUACUUCGAGCACAGGAGCUGGAAGCAGCACGGGAGGCCGAAGUUCAACGAAUCCUCAAUUGUGCUGCUGGCGACUAUUUCGCUAUACUUGAGAUAAAUCCCCUCUUCGACCGCAGCUCUCUACAAAGUAGAGUGACAAAGUGGUACAGGAAGAAGUCGUUAUUGAUACAUCCGGAUAAGACUAAACAUGAAGAUGCGCCUAAAGCGUUUGACUUGCUAAAAAAGGCGGAGCUGGUGCUUUCCGCUGACAAUUCUGACGACAGUGAGGAAGGAAAGAAGAAAGCGCUGGAAAGAAAUGCUCUACAGGAGAUCUACGAGACAAUUGCCAAUAAUCUCGAUGUGGAUGUUGUGGAGGACUUUAACAGUCGACAGAAUAUCGUGAUAAGAGAGAAGGUAGCACAAACACUAGAACACCAGGCGAAGGCAAUGGAAGUGGAGAGGCUAUAUCAGCAGAGAGAAGACGUGCACAGAAGCGAAGAAGUGAAGAACGCUGCAAAGGAUAGAGAACUACGAAAGAAAUGGGAAGCGCGUUGGGAAGAGGAUAGAGACUCUCGAGUGGAGCUGUGGAGGAAAUAUAAGGUUGGCAAGCCAAAGAAGAAGAAGGCCGCCAAGACAAAGAAGGUACUUGUAUAA